CAGCGGGACGGACCCACCCGCCCAGGCUUUUAUCCGGCACCGGCGGCGUCUUCCUGCCCUCCCCCGUCUAUGGUGGCGGCGGCGGCGGCGGGGGCUCCUCCGGCGGCAGCGGAAGACGGGGCUGCGGCGUUGCCAUGAACAGUGGCGGCGGCCUCCCGCCCCCCUCGGCCGCCGCCUCUCCUUCCUCCUCCUCGCUGGCGGCGGCAGUGGCGGUGGUGGCCCCGCCGGGGGUCGGGGGCGUCCCCGGCGGGGCGACGGCGGGAGUGAAGCUGAAGUACUGCCGCUACUACGCUAAGGAUAAGACUUGCUUCUACGGGGAGGAGUGUCAGUUCCUGCAUGAGGACCCAGCCGCCGGGGCUGCCCCGGGCCUCGGCCUCCAUAGCAACAGCGUCCCCCUGGCGCUGGCGGGCGCGCCCGGGGCCGCCUUUCCGCCCGGAGCGGUCCCGGGCGGGGGAGCCGGGCCGCCCCCGCCGCCGGGGCCCAAGAAGCCGGACCUGGGGGCGCCCGGAGCCGCAGGCGGCGGAGGCGGCAGCGGCGGGGGACUCGAUGGAGCGCGGCUGGCAAUUCCUGGCAUAGAUGGAGGUGCUUUAGCUGAUACUGGUCUCACGGAUUCCUAUUUCAGCACCAGCUUUAUUGGAGUCAAUGGGUUUGGAAGCCCCGUAGAAACAAAAUAUCCUUUGAUGCAGAGAAUGACUAAUAGUAGCAGCUCCCCAAGCCUUCUAAAUGACAGUGCCAAGCCAUAUGGAGGCCAUGAUGCUGUAACUUCACCUGCGUCAUCCUUGUUUAAUGACUUUGGUGCCCUCAACAUCUCUCAGAGAAGGAAGCCAAGGAAGUAUCGCCUGGGGAUGCUGGAGGAGAGGCUAGUUCCGAUGGGAUCAAAGGCACGAAAAGCAAAGAACCCUAUUGGCUGCCUUGCUGACAGGUGUAAAUCAGGAGUACCCAUCAAUAUGGUUUGGUGGAACAGAGUCACAGAAAACAAUUUACAGACACCAAAUCCUACUGCAAGCGAGUUUAUUCCUAAAGGAGGAUCAACCUCCAGGCUGAGUAACGUGUCCCAGUCAAAUAUGUCUGCCUUCUCUCAAGUAUUCUCUCACCCAUCCAUGGGAAGCCCUGCUACUGCUGGAUUAGCACCAGGUAUGUCACUGUCUGCUGGAUCUUCCCCUCUGCAUUCCCCCAAGAUUACUCCACAUACGUCUCCUGCUCCCCGAAGAAGAAGUCACACUCCAAAUCCAGCCAGCUACAUGGUGCCUUCUAGUGCCUCUACACCUGUUAAUAACCCUCAGACUCCAUCUUCUGGUCAGGUGAUCCAAAAGGAAACUGUGGGUGGAACGACUUACUUCUAUACAGACACAACUCCAGCACCUGUGACUGGAAUGGUAUUUCCAAACUAUCAUAUUUAUCCUCCAACUGCACCUCAUGUUGCUUAUAUGCAACCAAAAGCAAACGCACCUUCCUUCUUCAUGGCCGAUGAACUCCGACAGGAACUGAUCAACAGACAUUUAAUAACAAUGGCUCAAAUUGAUCAAGCCGAUAUGCCAGCCGUCCCUACAGAAGUUGACAGCUACCAUAGCCUGUUCCCUCUAGAACCACUGCCACCACCCAACCGGAUACAGAAAUCAAGUAAUUUUGGGUACAUUACAUCUUGCUACAAAGCUGUAAAUAGUAAAGAUGAUCUGCCAUAUUGCCUUCGGAGGAUACAUGGUUUUCGUCUUGUUAACACAAAGUGCAUGGUGUUGGUUGAUAUGUGGAAAAAAAUCCAGCACUCAAAUAUUGUAACCUUGCGGGAAGUGUUCACCACUAAAGCAUUUGCAGAACCUUCUCUCGUGUUUGCAUAUGAUUUCCAUGCUGGAGGAGAAACUGUGAUGAGCAGACACUUUAACGACCCUAACGCUGAUGCCUAUUUCACAAAGAGAAAGUGGGGGCAACACGAUGGGCCAUUGCCCAGGCAGCAUGCCGGAUUAUUGCCAGAGUCUCUUAUUUGGGCAUAUAUCGUCCAGCUAAGCUCCGCGUUGCGUACUAUUCACACGGCAGGUUUGGCAUGUCGCGUUAUGGACCCAACAAAGAUUCUGAUAACCGGCAAAACCAGGUUGCGAGUAAAUUGUGUUGGAGUUUUUGAUGUUUUAACGUUUGAUAACAGUCAAAAUAAUAAUCCAUUGGCAUUAAUGGCUCAAUACCAGCAAGCAGAUCUGAUAUCAUUAGGAAAAGUUGUGUUGGCUUUGGCUUGCAACUCUUUGGCAGGAAUUCAACGAGAGAAUCUACAGAAAGCCAUGGAACUGGUGACAAUCAACUACUCCUCUGACCUGAAGAAUCUGAUUUUGUAUUUGUUGACUGACCAAAACAGGAUGCGGAGUGUAAAUGAUAUCAUGCCCAUGAUUGGUGCUCGAUUUUAUACUCAGUUGGAUGCUGCUCAGAUGAGAAAUGAUGUCAUAGAGGAAGACCUUGCAAAGGAGGUUCAAAAUGGAAGACUGUUUAGGCUUCUAGCAAAAUUGGGAACAAUCAAUGAGAGGCCGGAGUUCCAGAAGGAUCCUACCUGGUCAGAGACUGGAGACCGUUAUCUAUUGAAACUCUUUAGGGAUCAUCUCUUCCAUCAGGUGACAGAAGCGGGUGCUCCUUGGAUUGACCUCAGUCAUAUCAUUUCUUGUCUUAACAAGCUAGAUGCUGGUGUGCCAGAGAAAAUAAGCCUCAUUUCCAGAGACGAGAAGAGUGUACUUGUGGUGACUUACAGUGACUUAAAGCGCUGCUUUGAAAAUACUUUUCAAGAACUAAUGGCAGCUGCAAACAGUCAGUUGUAGUAUUUGCUAAAAAAACAAAGCACGGAAGACAUUGCCGAGGAACUUAACCAAUAGCAAAUUGCACUACGGCUGAACUGUUCCAUCAUCUCAUUUCACAUGUGGGAAACAAACAGGAGAUGAGCGAAGCUGCUUGCACUUCAGUCAGGUACACUGUUACUUGAGAGGAAGAGUGUGUCACUUACCUUAGAGCUACGGCAGCCGCCAGAGGCUAGAUCUGUGAAGAGUUUAUUUUAGAUUAAGGAACACCGUCAAGUGAAUGAUGUUCCUGCCCCCCCUUUUUUUUUCCCUCUUGUAUAUGCACUAAUUUUCAUUUUUUAAAGACUUUUUUUUUUUUUCGAUUUUUGAACUUUUGCCACAGUGUAGACUUAUUAAGGGAAACUAUUUACGAGAACAUUUUUGGGAAACAAUGCUGGGCAGCAUUUGUGUCGCUGAGGGUUGCAGAAUUUGCUCUUUUUGGGGAUGGGUUGCCCUGAAUAACAUAAUGGAGCCGGUAAAAAUUUGAUAGAAAUAUAGUGUAGUGCAGAAUUCUUGUAAAAGUAUCGUAUGCAAGCUCUGUAUGCCACCCGCUGUUAGCUCAAAUUGAGAUUUUUGUUUUGUUUUGUCUGAAGAACAUACAAAGAGAAAUAUCAGUGAAUUGUCGAAUAUGAAUUCCCCUAUCAGUUGAUUUAGAUCUUUCCUGAGCAAAGAUUGGAUACACAGUAACUGAAGGAGCAUAAAUAGCUCUUUGCUCCAAAUUCAGCUGAGCCUUUAAGGGAAAAAAAUAAAAAGGUGUGUUUCCCUCCUAGUCAGAUGCAUUUACAUUUAUGCAAUUUUUUUUUUAAUAGAGAAAAAAAUUAAGAAAUUGUAUUAAAGGCCUGAAGUUCAGGAAUGUAUUACUUUAGGUUAUUUACAGUUUGCUUUUUUUGUAUAAAGUUCUGUUCUUUGAACCACAGCUUUAUUAUGGUACUUUACACUGGAUACAAAGACACUGUUAAGAAGAUUAACUAAACACAGCAGUGGUCUGGCAUCAAGAGCUUUCUGAAGUUUUACAGCCUGAAUCUGGAGGGAUACCGAUCUGCUGUGCCUUGCAGUCACUGCUUAGCCCAAAGUAAUAGUACUUUUGAUAAUAACUCACUAUGUGGGAUAUUCCCAAAUAAGUCAAUCUCAAAAGUUUGGAAUUUCCUCCUCUUAACUUUCUUAAUAUUUGGACAUGCAGUUGUCGCCAAACGCAGAAUUUAUAGUUAAUGAAAUACCUAUACUUUGAUACUGAAGACUGCCAAAUACAUAGGAAUUUUCUUUCUUAAAAAAACAGUAAUGAAGACUCUGUAUCCUUUCCCAGCACUGAAUGUUUUACUAGCACUGGGUGCUCACCAUGCAACUAUGAAGAAAAUGUGGAAACCCAAAAGGUCAGGACAGAUUUCCAAGCACUUGCAACUGAUGUUACUGUCUUCAAUUUUAAUAAUUAUACAUAUUUGUAGUUUUCAGAGAAGUUUUUAAUAUUUCUCCACUUUUUAUAAGCUUUAAAAUGAUUUUCUCUGCCUUGAGAUUUGCAUCAAGAAAAAGCACCUCUCUUCACCUGAAAUCUUUGAAGACUAGAGACACGCUUUACACAUUUUAUGAAGCGUGGCUGAGUCCACGUUUGGUAGCAUCAGUUGUUGAGUUAAAAAGAAAAUCAAUUAUUGCAUUUGAUACGGAUGGAUUAAAAAGAACAUAAUGUUCAGUACUCAAAGGAUGAUUAACAUUUGCCACCAUAAUGUUCUUUUUUUAUGUAAAAGGAACACGAACUUGGAGACAUUAACAUGCAGAAGUCUUUUAUCAUUAUUAGCUCAUGUAUUUGAGGAAGAGCAGCUGUCUUUUUAUAUGUUUUUUGACAAAUCAUAUUGUAAUUCUUUUGUACAAAAAAGAACUACUUGUAUUCUAGAAGAAAUAUGAAAUGCUUAAUUUAUAAGCGGGCUGGAGAUUUUUUCCAAUAUUGUUUUCUUUGAAAAUGAAAGGGGAUCAUCUAUUUUAGUUUUAGGGCUUGGGAACUUUUUGAAAAUUUAAUUUGUGGACCAAUGUUCUGUGAAAGGUAAGGAAGGGCAGGGGUCAAAUAGGGCUUGAAUUUCUCCUUCUGUAUAGACCAGCAAACUUUUCCUCUGCAAGGCAAGUUCAAAUCACAAACCCAAGAAUGUUUGUAUCAUGAGUGCUAGUUUGCUUCAGCCCCUAGUAACCUCAGGACUUGGUUGACUAUAAAAGGUAGACAGCUGAUAUGUUUUCAUGAGUAAAUAUUGUCAGCCAGAAAAAACAGUUGGUGUCAGGUAUGCAUAUUUUUUUUAGCUUUGUUUUAUAUUUAUUUUUCAUUUCAUUUUUAUUGGGAAUGGUUUUCAAAAAACUCUGUUUUGCUUAGGUGUUUUUGGGGGAGCCCUCUUUUUUUUCCAUGGUGUAGUUGCAUUUAAGAGGUUGUCUAAAAGCUAGCCUGUUUAAUUCUUAGGAAGAUUUGAAUAUCUGGGAACAGUCAAAUUAAGGAUACAAACUUCCCAUACCUUCCUGUUAUCACAGAUUAAAGAGCAGAAAGGACAACCCUUGAAAUCAUGUAACAUUGGUCAUUUCAAUUUUGUGUACCUAUUUUAAAUUCUGUUAGUGUAUUUACUUCAUUGUAAAUAUUUUUGAGGGUACCUUUGUAUUUUGCUUUUGACCUUGGUUCUGUGAUUUGGAUGUCAACAACUUCCCUAAAAAGCACCAGUAUGUUAAGUUCUAAUGUCGUGGUCCCAAUAUGUGUUAUUCAUCUUUAAUCCUCUUUUCAGUCUUUACAUGUACAGCAUUAUUUUUAAUAAAGAAUUACAGAAAUAAGCUUGUCUCUUUUGUACAAAUUCAUAUAACAAAGUUAUGUCUUGUGAUUAGAAUUUAGAAAGUUGUAUAUUUCCUACAUGUUUUGGAAGAAUUUUCAAUCUUUGGAUGAAGUCACGGCAGAUUUACUCAUUAAUUUAGCAAAUAAUUUUGUCAGAUGCCUCCUCUGUCCUUGUAUCUAUCUGUUUUAGGCACUAAGAAUACAGAUCUGAGGACGCGUUAUUUAUAAAAUCUAUACUCCCAAGCAUUUCUGCAUAAUACACAUUGCUUACAGUAUAGUUUAGGAGAGAAAGACUACUGACCUGAGAGGAUCGGAAAUGUAAUUCAAAAAGUAUUGAUAAAAAAUCAUAGAAACCUUUAUUAAACAAAAAUAUCAAGAUGUGAAACUAUUGUUCCUCGACGUAUCUCCUGUCUAGGUCUGUACACUUCUGAAGGUGGUGUUGCCAUGUCUCUAACCCUUCCUCCAAAAAAUUCUGUGCACUCCAAUUUACACCACGUCAAAAUGGCAGUUUUGACAUCCUUUGAAGGACUCGAAUCAUAUUCCUUUUAAAUGUUCUCUGAGUUUUGGGAACAAAAAAGUCUGCAAGGGGCAAGAUCAGGGCAGUAGGGUGGAUGGAGUAAGAUUUCCCAACGAAAUUCUUGUAGGACAGCUAGGUGCAUUGUCAAGAUGGAAAAAAACUCAGCACAACUUCCCUGGCCUUUUUCUCACCAAUGCAGCCUUUAAUUUUCUUAAAACUUCUUCAUAAAAAGCCCCUGUGAUUGUCCUAUGUCCUUCAGGAAAAUCUGUCAACGUUACCCCUUGGUAAUGUAAAAAAAAAAUCGUCAUCUUCUGAGCAGUCUUCCCUCUCUUGGCUCAUCUUCAAGGUCUUCCUGACCUUCCUUAAAAUGCUUAAUCCAUCUAAAAACCAUUGUUUUACGUGGGUCAGCAGUCCCAUAAACUUGCUGCAGAGCUUCAGUGAUUUGGGAAGAUGUCCACCAAAAGAUGAGUUUUGUUAAAAAUUUGAUAUUACCCCUGACCUCAAAGUCAUUGUUUUCCAAUGGCACAAAAAAGUAUCUUUUUUUUUUUUUUGAAGGCACCCUAACAAGACUAAGACAAGUGUAUUACUGAGAGAACUUGUCUGUGGCCAUCCACUGAUCGCAGAGACAUGUUUAAACACAUUUUGUUUGGAAUAAACCCGUGCGUGUAUGAGCUGGAACCCCAGCAGCAGUACUGUUUGACUUGUGUAGUUGAGCUCUGAUUCAGUGUUUUGUUAAUUUACCAUGUAGUUGAAGGACACUCCUCCACCUGAAUCCUCCAGAAACAUAAUUCAGGAUAUAAGGAUAAAGAAAAGAUGGCAAAAUGUUAACAUUCUUAAAUCUAGAUAGUGUUGUGGGUUGGUUGGUUGGUUUUUUUCCCCCUGUAUGAAAUUUCUCAUAAUAAAAAGUUGAAAAAAUUAUACAGAAGAGAAAAUGGUAAGGGGCCAAAGGCACAGGUGAGAGGUAACUAAAGAGGAAGGAAGGUAUAUUUCCAGCUAAAGGAACUGGUAAGUGUUUUUAGGAAUUAAGAGAGAAGUAGCACAAAAGGCUAAGAAUUUUGCAGGAAAAAACAAACAUUUUGACCAACAACAAAAACAUGGAUUAGGAUUGGAAUCAAAGUGACCAUUGUAGGGUCAUCGGGAAGACAAGAGACUAGUAGGCCUAGAGAGGAGGGUAUGUUUGGAGGAUCUCUCGGGUUUAAAUUUCUUCGGAGAAAACAUUAAAAAUGUUGUUUAAACAAUAUUAUAUCUGAUACACACUAGUAAAUGAGGAGGUAAUGCUUUAUUUUCAUCUCGUCUGCUCUGGUCUGGAAGUCCCAGACAAAGGCACCCUCAGUUAACUCCAAGGAUUACUUCUCUGCAGCCAAGCACAAGGGCACUAUUUAGGGUAAAAGUCAGUGCUUUACCCUACACAUACUUUAAAAAAAAAAAUCUGGGCAGGGCCGAGGUGAUGGAGUAGUCAGAUGUUUCCCUGGUCCCUCUUGCAAAAAGAUCUUAAAAAAAAAAAAAAGUGAAUCAAUUAUA